AUGGCCUCUUUUCUUUGGACGGUGUGGAGUUCCCGUUGGCCGGUUCUUCCAUCACGUCCCCCUCCUAGAAAAGUUGUGGUUUAUCAAAAAACCCUAGAUGCUGGUCUUCGUCUUCCGUUGACCGACUUCCAGGAGGAGGUUCUUCAAAAUGAUGGUUGUAGUAUUCAAAUGCUGACUCCGAAUGCUGUCAACAAAGUUGUGGCGUUCGAAAUGAUUUGCCAGCCCAACGGUUAUCUCCCCGAUUAUUUCAUGUUCAAGUACUUCUUCAGGUUUUGUUGUACUGGUGAUAAGUAUACAUUUUCUAUCCAAAGAGGAGGGCACACCCUAGUUCCUGAUGGACGAACACCCAAAAGUUGGCAGGAUAGAUGGUUGUAG